AUGUCAAUGCUUAGUUCUAAUCCAGAGUAUCAAGAACCCGUUAAAACAGUGUUAAAUGGUAGGAAACAAACAAAGACUAACAAAAGAAAAGAAAAACAAAUGAUAAAAAACUGUAUAACUUCAAAUUGGAUAUUUUUAAAAAACUGUGGUCACAAAGAAAAUAACCAAAAUGCUGGUUGUAAAAUUUAUGAACUAUCUGUUGAGGAGGUAUAUGCAUUCAGGAAAAAUCUUUCAGACCUAAUAAACAAAAUAGAUCAGGACAAAUUUAUUCUAACCAUGAUAUCAAUUUCACUUCCAACUAGAACUGAUCGUCAU